GCAAUGCAAGCUGGACGCAGACGGUGCAGAAAGUUGCAAAUUUCACGGAGUACGUCAGGAACAACUUCGACGCCUUCAGGUCUUCUUUAAGAGGGAUCCUUGGGAACUCCGCUGAAAGGGUACGGAACAGCACCAACGAAACUGUCAAAGGGGGAUCCUGUCUCUGCAUCUUUGAUGUGGACAGGACUUUGACAGGAAGACAGGGGGACACGCACAGAUGUCCGGGGAACAGAGUGAUUUGGGGUACCUAUGAUGAUGCCUACGGUGGGGGAUCGUUGACAUUGUCCCAGCUGGGCCAGAGCCUAUGGCAGACUUUCUGCGGCUCCUGCCAUGUGAGGGCAAUCACAGCUCAUCCCCACCGUCGUCCUAACCUCCCAGUUUCUGAAUCAGUGGUUGGCUGCCAUGGCCAUUGCAAGGCCCACCAUGCAUCGAGGCUAGCAUCAGAGCUGGGUGUUUCCAAAUCAAAUGUCUACAUGUUUGAUGACAAGGCCAGCAACAUAAACCCGUUUCAUGGUACUGGCAUGAAUGCUCAUCAAGUUUCUUGUGGCAGCCGUGAAGGCAGCCACGGCUUGUGUGGAGCCACCCUUGGGGAAAUCAGGAAUUCCAGGGGGGUUACGACUUGCCGUUGA